AUGGCCUACGCGAUGCGGCGCUCGUUGAGCGCCAUCUUGGGCAUGCUCAUGCUUGCUUGUGUCGUGUCGAGCCAAACUUGUCUCCCCACGAGCUUUGAUCUUCUCUUCGUCCUGGAUGGCAGCGGCAGCAUUACGAGUGAGCAGUUUGAUGACGUUCUCCGUUUUGCCAGUCGCACCGUCAAGGUCCUCAACAUCUCCGACAACGACAUUCAGGUGGCUGCCUUGGAGUUUGCCGAUUAUGGCAAUUUGAUGUUUGACUUUGCAGAGUAUGCCUCGACGGAGGAACAGGCUAUCCGACAGCACAUUCGCAGCAUACCGUACAUGUAUGGACCUACCGAUACCGGCCGGGCGCUUGAGGACGUUGUCAACAACGUGCUCGUGCCCAGUGCUGGGUUUCGCGAUGGGUCGUGUGUAGUGGUUGUGGUUUCAGACGGCCAAACACAGGACAAGGCACGCCUUGCGGCAGCAGCUCCCAGAUUGCAUGCCACCUCGUGCCGUGUCUUGGCCGUCGGCGUUGGCGAUGAUACUGAUUUUGCUGAGCUUGCCGUCAUUGCCAGUUCCCCCAGUGAGCACAACAUCAUCUGGGCCAAUGAGCAUGAAGUCCUCAAGGAGGACGAGGUGUUGGCCACCGUCGUUCAACGUCUGAGUCAGUGCACCGAUACCGAGGCGAGCACCGCAUCCACCGCUAGCACAAGCACCGUGUCGCCCCACGCCACCAGCCAUUCUACCCAUUCUCCAGUCACGGAUGCCAAUGGAUGCCAAUUGUUUGAAAACACGGAUUGCUUGCCAGGAUACUACAUUUCAUGGACGCGCAAUGCGCAAGGAUGUCUCAUGUUUGAGUGUGUACCGUUUGGUGGAGUCCCAACAACUACGCUUGUACCACCGACGACCCGCCUUGAGCCAACACCACUGCCAACCACCACCACAUCGGCUCCCGUCACACGGCCUCCAUUGACUACGUCCACCGCAAGCGACACGACGCGCAGCCCGGUCACUACGUCCGCAUCCACCCCGUGUGACGAUGAGGUGUGCAACUGCAAGUCUGAUGCCUAUAAGCAUGUAUGGACUGAUGCCUCCACUGGCUGCCGGCGCUGCCAAUGCCUACCCCUGGCCACGCCUGCAAGUACCACAACGCCACGCAGUGAUACCACCCGGGAGAGCACCACAGCCUCUCCUACAACCGCCACCUUUUCCUGCCCUGCGCCUGAAGAAUGCAUGUGCAAGCCCUCGGCUCAGCUCUAUGAGUUCCAGGAUCGCAACGGCUGCUGGAAGUGCCAGUGCCUUCCGAUCGCAACUACAACGACUCCAUCUCCCCCCUCUACUCGCACGCCCGCCAUCACAACAACAAGUACCGCGGUGGAAACAACCACGUCGCGAGCUACCACUGUAACCAGACCAGCCAGCACCACUGCACAGACUACAACCACCAGGACCGUGUCGUGUACAGACCCCGUGUGCCGCUGCAAACCUGAUGCCAUGGUGCGUUAUUUCAUCAACCGUCAAGGUUGCUUGUCGUGCACAUGCGAGCCCAUGCCCACAACAACGUCAGGUGAGGUGCGCACCAGCAGCACCAGCAGCACGUCUAGCACCAGCAGUACCAGCAGCACGUCUAGCACCAGCAGUACCAGCAGCACGUCUAGCACCAGCAGUACCAGCAGCACGUCUAGCACCAGCAGUACCAGCAGCACGUCUAGCACCAGCAGUACCAGCAGCACGUCUAGCACCAGCAGUACCAGCAGCACGUCUAGCACCAGCAGUACCAGCAGCACGUCUAGCACCAGCAGUACCAGCAGCACGUCUAGCACCAGCAGUACCAGCAGCACGUCUAGCACCAGCAGUACCAGCAGCACGUCUAGCACCAGCAGUACCAGCAGCACGUCUAGCACCAGCAGCACGUCCAGCGCAACAGCUUCAGUCAGCACCACUACGCCGAAUGUGAAUGGUACAACUACCACACCCAAUGUCGACACUACCACGACACCGAAUGUAAAUGCCACCACCACUACACCUCUGGUGGAUACAACUGCUACACCCAACGUCAACGCAACGACGACGACACCUCUGAUCGAGACUACGACACCCGAAAUGAACGCUACCACCACCACUACACCUCUGGCCAAUGCCACCACUACAACUCUGGUUGAUACCACCACGACACCUCUGGUCAAUGCUACCACCACGACACCUCUGGUCAAUGCCACCACGACACCUCUGGUUGAUACCACCACGACACCUCUGGUCAAUGCCACCACUACACCUCUGGUCAAUGCCACCACCACUACACCUCUGGUCAAUGCCACCACCACGACACCUCUGGUCAAUGCCACCACCACUACACCUCUGGUCAAUGCCACCACCACGACACCUCUGGUCAAUGCCACCACCACGACACCUCUGGUCAAUGCCACCACUACACCUCUGGCCAAUGUGACCACCACUACACCCCUGAUCAAUGCCACCACUACACCUCUGGUCAAUGCCACCACCACUACACCUCUGGUCAAUGCCACCACCACGACACCUCUGGUCAAUGCCACCACCACGACACCUCUGGUCAAUGCCACCACCACGACACCUCUGGUUAAUGCCACCACUACACCUCUGGUUGAUACCACCACGACACCUCUGGUCAAUGCCACCACCACUACACCUCUGGUGGAUACCACUACACCUCUGGCCAAUGUGACCACCACUACACCUUUGACUACCACACCUUUGAUGGAUACCACCACGCCUUUGGCUAAUGCUACUACCACCACACCUCUGGUGGAUACCACUACACCUCUGGCCAAUGUGACCACCACUACACCUUUGACGACUGCACCUACCACUACACCUUUGACGACUGCACCUACCACUACACCUCAGGCCAAUGUCACCACCACUUCACCUCUGGUGGAUACCACUACACCUCAGGCCAAUGUGACCACCACUACACCUCUGGUGGAUACCACUACACCUCUGGCCAAUGUGACCACCACUACACCUCUGGUGGAUACCACUACACCUCUGGCCAAUGUGACCACCACUACACCUCUGGUGGAUACCACUACGCCUUUGGCUAAUGCUACAACCACACCUUUGGCCAAUGCUACUACCACUACACCUCUGGUGGACACCACCACUACUCCUCUGGCCAAUGCUACUACCACUACUACUACACCUCUGGUGAAUGCCACCACUACUACUCCUCUGGUCAAUGCCACCACGACACCUCUGGUCAAUGCCACUAGUACGACCCCCAAUGUAAACGCCACAACCACUACACCUCUUGUAGACACGACGACGCCCAAUGCGAAUGUGACGACCACGACCCCUAUGAACAAUGGCACCACGACUCCUUUUGAUACCACCAUGGCCUCAACUUCUACUACUUUGAUCUUGCCGUGUGCUGUGACCGCUGACAUUGUCAUUGUCAUUGAUGCAUCCGGGGCAAUGAGUAUCAAUGAUUUUACGGCUGCCAAGACCACAGCUUUGGCAAUUCUGCGUCGCCUGGCACUUGCCCAGCCAGAUAUCAGCGUGGGUCUCAUCUUCUUCUCUCAGCAGGCACAGGUUGCUCUUCCUCUCUUGGAUAUUAAUGAUGAGACUGAGUUUCAGCUGCUUUUGUUGGUCCUACAAGCCGGGCAAUAUCAAGGUCAAGCUACCAAUCUAGGCAGCGCGCUCAGCUCGGCUGCCGACCUUCUUGAAACUUCCAACAACGGUGCCCGUCAAUUUAUCCUCUUCUCCGAUGGAUCUAGUGAUGACCAGGGUACUCUGGUAGCUCAAAACAUCCGUGCGACCGGGAUUCAGAUAUUGACGGUGGCCAACGUGAUGAACGCCAACGUGUACAAUCUGCUUCUGAUUGCUGGAGCGGCUGACAACAUCUUCUUGACCGUGCAGUCCGAUGCCACUCAAGCGGAUGCAGCCGUGGUCUCCAACAUCGUCAACCAACUCUGCACGCCUCCCGGAACAACGACGCCUGGCUCAUCGAGCUCCACAAGCACUCCGACGACAGCGAUGCCUACGCGCCCGGCAACUACAACAACGGCACGCCCGACUCGACCACCCAUGACCACGACUACGCGGGCACCGGCGACAACCACGCGGGCACCGGCGACAACCACGCGGGCACCGGCGACAACUACACGCGUGCCUGUUACGACGACGCGAGUGCCGGUGACCACAACGACGACCUGCGCUUUGAUGCCAGAUGACCUGUACGUAGUCGUUGAUGCUUCUGGAACGAUCACGGUCAGCGACUUUUUUGCCAUGAAGUCGCUGCUGACGUCCCUGGCCAAGAUUCGCUUCGCCGAUACUGCGUGCCUUGAUCAGCGCAUCAGCAUUACAGUCUUCUCCGAUGAUGCAGCCACAGUGCUGUCUCUGACGAAUGGCACAUCACUCGUGCGCGUGCUUGAUGGCAUCAAUGGGCUCAACUACCUAGCUCGGCGCUCCAACUUGGGUGCAGCAUUGGACCUGGUGUUUGAUGCCAUCGUCGCGUCGGAUUCAUACGUGCAGGGCGCGGUCACUCGCCCAACUGCCGUCCUUGUCCUUGGCGACGGGCGCCUGUCUUUGAACACACCCGAGCCGCCAUUGCCGUCUGUAGCCAACAACCUCGAGGCUGCUGGCGCCGCUGUGGUACCCGUGGCCAUUGGCGACUAUGUGGAUGACGACCGACUCUUUAGCUUGGCUACCUUUUCCAAGCUGGCCUACUCUUUUGACGCGGUCAACGCCUCUUUGCUGAGCCCCGUUGUGCGCUUUGCAGCCGAAACGGCCCUUGCAAUUGCACAGCAAGGUGGGCUCACUUAUAGCAACUCAUCUAAUGUCUUUGCGGAGAUGCUCUUCGAGGCCGACAUUGACGAUUUCGACCCCGUCUCGGGUCAACUGACGCUUCAUGUACCCGCGGGCCAGCUUAACGGUCUUGUGGUGCCCAGCUUUCUGCUCGUACAGCACCUCAACUCCAGCCUGGAGACGACGCUGGCCAUUGGGGACUCGGUUGUUGAAAUGCAUACGCUAUCCGGUUCACGUGUGGUCUUGCACUUGGCCGCUGAUACCCGCAACGCCCUGGCUCAGGCCAUUUGGGAACGUGGGGCCAUGGAGGGUCUUCGGUUGCUGUUUAGCGACAGUGCGAGCCAAUUCGAAAAGGUCUAUGCUGUCUCUCAUGUGAAUCAGAUCUCAGAAACUGCCAUCACGGCUCAGGUGACCAUGCCGGAUGACUUUUUGAGCGUGGUGGCCAUGCCCAACGAGCUCGUCCUCGUAGCCCCGCAGGCUGGCAUUGUCGUGGCUCUGCGCACUUUUGUUUCUGCCGCCGGCUUGGGGAGCAACCAAACUCUUUGGAUCGAAACAUCGCAGCUACCUUCUGCUUUCCAGACAGGACUAACUGACAUGCAAGAUCAGGCCGAUGUCGAGCUAUACGUGGGACGAGCUCGCCAAGAGUUGUUGGCCGCCUGGUCACAAGCUGCAGUGAGCACCACCUUGCCUGACGCAAGCAGCCCGGGAGGUCCAGCCACCGGUGCACACUCGGCUGAACGCCUGACUUCCACGAGCCUUUGGCUCGUUGUGAUUUUGGCCUCAUUGGCUAUGGUCACACUGAUCGUGGGGGCCAUGGUCGUGUAUCGUCGCCAGCGGCGCUUUGUGGUCAACCAACCGACGGUGACAGAGGCGUGCCCGAUGGAAGCCAGCAAUGUCUCGCUGAGAUCCAGCCGAACAGCUUGGAGCCGAUACAGCAGUGCCACUCCGGCGCAGUCACACGUGUUUGGAUUUGAUGAGCAUGAGAUGUUCGCAGAGCCAGAUGCAGCAGCAUUCUAG